UCGUAUAGGCAGGAGAAUAGUGUGUUGCGUGUACUCAGUUGUUUCACGAAUACCGCGAGUGGUUUGCGCGUGCGAGCCCGGCCGCGUUUUUCGCGAAGGCAAUUCGUUUUCUACGCGGAAAGCGAUAAUUUCCUUGUGUAUAAUAGAUCGCAUUGGAGGUGCGCGGGGGGCGCGCGUACCCUAUCAUUCCAAGUUUUCGCCUCGAAGAGAUAUAACGGUUUUGUGAACGAAAAUCUAUGCUCGCUCGUACGACGGUGGUGCCUCUCAGUCGAGUGUGUGUGACAAUCGCGAGCAAUGUAACCGUUCCGUGACGUCAGACACGGCUAAUCAAGUGCACACACAGCACUAGAGUUUGCGCACUCGCGCACACCUAUACAUUGCCGACACAUACUCAACACGCCGCGCCGCGCUGUGCCGUGCCGCGCAGCGAUCGUAGAGAGCGCGUAUGGGAUCGUGCUGCGCACGGAGAUAAAAAGAGAGAGAGGCAGGGAAAAUUGUACGGUAGCAGCGAGUGAUAGACGAAAGAAAACGAAGGGCGUGGAGGGGUGAGAAGGAAGACGAGAACGAUAAGAAAGGAGAUACGACGAAGGCUAUCGACGGGAAGAAAACGAAGGAGAGAAGGAGAGAUCAAAGACGCAUAUCUUUUUCUCAUCCAUCGAGAGAGAAAAAGAGAGAGAGAGAGAGAUACAGACAAACAGACAGACAGACAGACAGACAGACAUGGGCGGGCUCGAGACGACGAGAGAAAGGCGAAGGUUCGUUCGCUAGAACUUCUCUUUUCUUCGUUGAGGCUGAAAGCGGUUGGGCGACGCCUCUCUAUUUAGGAUGUCUAUAUUUCGAGCUUCCACGAGAUAGAAGAGACAAGUUCUUUAAAAUUAAUCGUUGAGUAAGAACGACACGGAACAGCGGCAGUAGCGCAGCAGUUCGACACACAGUGCGCAUACGGUGUGUGUACGUGCUCGCGUGUGGUGUGCUCGAGAACAGGAGAAAGAGAGAUAGAAUGACUAAGAGUGUUUUGAGUGGGGGAAGUCUUUACCGUGCUGGUAUCGAGAGUGGAGGGGAGAGCGCGAAAAGGAGAGCCGCGGUCGCGUCUCGUGGCGCCCCGCUGUGCUUUUCUACAGAAAACUGUUGCAACCUAUACGAUUCGUUCUGUCGUUCUUGGCGUUAAAGGCGGACGUAGAAGAGCCUCAAAAACGAAGAAACUAACGAGAGACGUAUUUAAGAACGUGCCGAAAAGACUCGACGAUUGGAGAUUUUAGAAGAAACAUUGUUCUUUCGAACCGAUCGACGAAUCGUUAAGGUUUCGUACAAUCAACACGAGAGAAUUAUAACUGUGAGGAGUAUAAGGGAAAAAGUGAUAAAGGUGGAGGUGGAGGUGGAGGAGGGUGGAGGACGGUCGCGUCGUCGUCGAGGAGUUCGACGAUUGAAAAUUAUGUUCAAACUGAAUGUUACGGGAGUGGCGAAGAAGAAGAAGAGGAAUUCGAUCGGGCUAUCUUGCUCGUGUAGAGAAAAAGAAAUUGAGGAGAAGGAGGAAGACGGGGAGGAGGUCGUCUCCGGCUUUGCCGUCCUCGUCCUCGUCGUUGACGUCGUUGACGUCGUUGACGUCGUUGACGUCGUGGACGUCGUUUCGUCGUUUAAAAACGUUAGAUAUCACGAUUCCCGUGAAAGUCGUACCGACUACUACUACUGCUCUCGUAUCAUCUUCAUUUCUCAUCGAGACGAAGAAGACGAAGAGAAAAAGAAGGAGAAGAAGAAGGAUACUGGUGAACUUCGAUAAACAAGAGGCCAACGAGAAAGCGAUAGGCCUCGUUUUACGACGAAUCGUGAACGAAGAGAGAGAAAAACUCCAAUUUCGGAAGUGCUUCGGAAGAAAGUAGUUUGGUGAAAACUUGUGCUCGCUAUUAUUUUCUUCGGCUAUUAUUAUUUUCGUUUCGUUUCGUUUCGUUCUGUUCCGUUCCGUUUCGUUUUGCUUUCUUUCUUCUUUUUCUUCUUCCUCCUCUUCCUUUUUUCUUUUUUUUCUUAUUCGGUGAAUAUACAUAGAGAAAAAUCAUCGUUCCUUGUGAGUUCGGUGAACUCGUGCAUCUUUCUCUUAACGUGACUUGUUUGGCAGAGGUGUCUUUGGAUUUUCAGACAUUUCGCACGGAUCUUCCCCGGCAAUGCGACGCCGCGCCUAUUCUCCAUGAGAGGAGGCACAUGUCCAUUGCUACGGCUGAAAAUGCAGGGCUUAGCCCGUGUAAACUGCUGGACCCACUGUGGGUCAAAAUGAGCGCGAUCACCGGUAGCAUCGGCAAGAAAAGAAAGAAAUCGGAUGCCAAACCGCAAUCACAGAUUAACAAGUGCCUUAACGAAAAACGACGACGUAACCAGGAGAACCUGUAUUUUGAUGAGCUUGCCGAGCUGAUUUCCGCCACGGACAUGAGCUCUGGCAAGACCGACAAAUGUCAGAUCCUUCAGAGAACCGUCGAUCAGAUUCGGCACAUCAGGCAACAAGAGGGUUCCAACAGUCAUGCCGUGCAACAAGGGGAAGUAUCUUCAUCGAAUCCUAACAUACUGUCCAACGAUCAAGUUGGUCCUAUAUUGUUGGAGGCGUUAGACGGCUUCCUGUUCGUCUUAAAUAGCGAGGGACGAGUGGAAUACGUAACGGAUAACAUUACUCAGUAUAUUAAUUAUACGAAGGACGAUGUAUUGGGAAAGGCUAUAUAUAAUAUUAUACAUCAUGGAGAUCACAACGUCUUCAUGCCUACGUUGUUGCCCUUGUCAUUAGGCUGGACCAGCGAGCUGCAGCCUCAAACGAGGAAUCGUACUUUCCAUUGCCGCUUUCUGGUAAAGCCUCCCGAUGACCAAGACGAGACGAUGGAGGAGAAGCAACAACGGGUAUCGAAAUACGAGUCCAUGCAAAUCAAUUCGGCACUUCUGCCGAGUAAUACCGAACGACUUGAGAGCGGUGAUGUGUCCUCCGAAUCGCCAGACAUUGGUCCUUGCGUAAUGUGCGUGGCACGUAAAAUAUUACCAAACGAGAAGCCCGUAGGUACACCGAUCGAGCAAUUCACUGUUAAAUUGGAUACAACGGGCAAGAUCAUCGGGAUCGACGUUAGUUGGUUGUCGUCCGCUUAUGCCAAUUAUAUGAUCAAGGCAAAGGAAUUGAUCGGUUUGAUGAUAAAGGAUUUGUGCCACCCUCAUGAUCUCAAUAAUUUAACUGCACAUUUGAACGAUACGCUUCAAGUCGGAGAGAGUACGAGCGCCGUGUAUCGACUGCGCAUUAGUCCUGAUAAGUUCCUUAAUAUACAAACAAAGUCAAAACUUUUCAAAGCGAAUGUGAUGAACGGCCACGACACGGACUUCAUGAUGGCCACCAAUUCCAUCAUAGGGGACAAUGACUUAACGCCUAUCGAGGGUGGUCAGCUUUCCAACAACAAAGUGUGCUCGGGACAUUCUAGUAACCGUUGUGCGAAUAAUAGUAAUAAUAAUAAUGGUAACAAUAACGAUAACGUGGGUGGUCUGUUGAUGUCCGUGGCACAUCUGAACGGUCAAGUGAGUGGUAUCAGUGGUGGUCGUGGAUUGACGGGGACGACGCACGUUGCCACGUCGUCGAACUCGAUCGCCUUUAGUACCGGCGAUUCUUGCAACUCAUUAGCGUCACUAAGUACGAGUAAUUCGUUCAACCACUUUUCGGGGAGCAUGGACUUGGAAUUCGAGCUCUUCCGCGGUUCGACAUGGGACUUGGACGGUAGCGGUGGUUGGCCGGAAAGGCCCGAGUCGAGAGGAAGCGGGCCAACAGAUUCGCGACCACCCUCUCAGCCAGCCCCGACAUCGCCGAGUCCCCAGGGAGGAGGAACGUUUUCCUCUAAUUCAGCGGUGCCGUCUCACUGCAGUCCCCUACGCGCUUUCAGUCCGUCGUCUUCGAUCAACGCGGCGCACACCUUCAGUAAUUCCUUCCCGUUCAGUCCACUACAGGAGCCGCAGUCGUCAUCGACGUUGACCGGCAACAACGCGGCUGCGGCCGCGGCCGCAGCCGCCGCCGCGGCUGCGGCUGCUGCCUCGGUUGCGAACAACACUGGCGUCAACAACAACGUCAAUGGCAACGGCGCCACUUCCGUAGCUAUUGCUGCUGCUGCAACGGCACCGGUCAUUCUACCUGGACUCAAUGCCAAGAGGAUCGAGGAAGGAAAAAGUGGAUGCCCUACCAGCGGUACAAUGGACAAUGCGACUGCGAGGACGAAUGCCUCCACACCCGCCGAAACUCAAAAUAGUGUCGUGUCCACCGAGUCUGGUAGACUUAGAAACUUGUUAACAAAAGGAUCCAGUGCUAGUGAGGACAGUCAAGACAAUACGAAUAAUGAUUCGGAUAACCAAAAUAAACACAGGAUAUUGAAAAUUUUGUUGAAUCAGCAAGAUGAGGAUGAUUAUCAUUCUGAACAUAAUAACAAAAUGAGAACGAGUCCUAGCAACAUGCCAAAAUCGAAUAUGGAGCAUUCCAAAUCUUCUCUUGGAAAUAAUAUGCUUCUACAGUUAUUAAACGAGAAAAAUGACGAUGAGGACGAGGAGGCCCGAGCUGGAUUGAAAAAGAGGAACGAACUUCUUCAACAGUUAUUGAAGGAUCAAGACGAAGAGAGGAAAUUACAAGAACAACAGACCCGGGACGACGAUCCUCUUUUACGGAGUCUUGGAUUUCGGAACAGUACCCCUUCACCGUCGCAAUCGGGAAGCGAUCACAGCGGGCUUGGUAGUACCGCUCAAGUGGGUCAGAAAAGACCGGGCGAUGAUGGUGAUCUCAAUAUAGCCGUUAAACGGCCAAUGGAUGGCUCGCACCAGGUGUCUUCUACGGGUACCAAUGCUUCGACGAAUGCAACAAGCAAACUAUGGGAGAAAAACAAAAUGUUGGCUUCGUUGUUGGCAAAACAACCCCCUCAACCAACGACCAUACCACCUAUUCCUGCGUCUGUGAUAUCGGCAACGCCGCAAGAUAAACUUCCACGUGGCGGUGGUGGUAGUGAUCGCUUAAAGCAACACCAGUCACAACAGCAACAGCAGCAGCAGCAACAACAACAACAGCAGCAGCAACAGCAACAGCAGCAGCAGCAGCAACAACAACAGCAGCAGCAGCAGCAACAACAACAACAACAACAGCAGCAGCAGCAGCAGCAACAGCAACAACAACCGUGGACAGGUGGCCAUAUGCAAACAGUCGGUGGGAAUAAUGCGAUCACAACUACGGCUACUUCGGCUCGUACUCCUCUCCAAAACCAAUCGAGACAACUACCUCGUCAAGCAACCAACACCUACCUCAGUCACAUGCUAAGUCAGCAACAAAGGCCACAAUUGGGUCAAGUGGAUUCGGAAUUUGGAGAUAGCGGAGAAUACCGUCAAACGUGUACCGAUCCAAGUACUUGGGAUAAUCAAUCGUCCGAUCCAGAUCUCUCUGAUAUUUUGGAUCAAGUUAUUGAAUUUGUUCCGGACGAAGCUAUCACAGAUUCGUCUGCGAUAGCAAACCUCCUGGACGUUAUUGAGGCACCGCAAAACAAUGCCAUGAAUGAAAAAAUGGCAAUAAACGCUAUCCAGAAGUCGUUGAUGUUAUGCGAAACUGCCGUAAAUCCAACGUCUUCCACCAUAACUAUACCUGGCACGCCUCCUGCAUAUUCCACUGCGUUGGUAACGACACCCGUGACGACGAGUCAUAGUUACCAACCACCUCCGAUGUAUCAACAACAAGCAAGGAUGAGGUUUAAUGCUCAGUUGGUCGUAAGGCAGACUACUGCGCAGUUUACACAACAACAGCAGCUGCAGUUGCAACAGCAGCGUAGUAAACUGAUACAACAGCAACAACAACAACAACUGAAGCAAAGAUUACUGCAGCAACAACAGCAGCAACAAUUGCUCAUCCCAUCGAACGCAACAGCGACGGACCAAAUAACAACUGGCAUACACAAUAUUGAUAAUCUAUUAAAUAAUACCGUUGCGCCAAACGUAUCUUUACAGCGAUCGAGUGUUCCUGACUCCCAAGUUUCUCCGGGUUAUGGGGGAUCCGUCCAGAUCACUUCCGGACACCGACUCGCUCAUUCGUACUCUCAUCCAUCGACGUUACCACAACAUCCCAUUGUGAAUAAUAAUUUUAACAGCGGUCAACAAGUGUCAGCGGCAGCAGCAAGACUCUCGCCGCAUUCUCCUGCGAACAUAUUGUCGUUUUCUCAUCCGCAACCAUUGUCACCUCGGGUAACGCAAGGCAAUUACGGCACCACUCCGAGGCUAUUUAACGUUAACCAGGUGAGAUCUCAACAACAACCAACCGCGCAACAACAACUACAACAACAGCAGAGGUCAAUGCCUUCGCCUGGAACUCCAGCCUCCGCAAGGCAAUCCCCAUUUCCUGCCGAAACAUUUCCCCCACCUACAUCUCCUACCGCCAGCCAAUUUCCACCUGGUCCAAAUCCUGGUGCUCCUAAUCCUACUGCUCAGUAUCGCUUGCAACGGACCACAUCGACGCCUUCUGCGACGACUCAGUUGCCAGGUGGGGUUGGUUCGCCCCGACACUAUGGCGGAGUGAAUAAGGAACAACCUCUUCUUUCACCUAGUCAUCCACAUUCGGGUUGCCCUGCAACACCGACUCACAAUCAACACAAUGCCACCAAUACCCAACACUUCUCGAAUCAACAACAUUCUUCUAUGAUAUACCACACGACCGCCAAUACUAUCAACACACCAGAUAUGCAGAACAAUCAGUUCUGUUACGAUCGGACGUCCGUACCACUCUAUUCUUCUGGGGAUACGCAGGAUGUCAGGUCACUGCCUCCCGGUAAUCCUGUCAAUCACCACAUGGGUGGUAACGCAAGUACUACCGGAAGUAUGACGUCAGAAUUCGUUCGGCAAGAAUUAAGAGCUAUAGUUGGAGCGAGGACGCAACAACAGCAACAACAACAAAGGGUACCCAACAGUAUACCCAACAAUCUUUCUGGUCAAGUUUCUCAGGACGAUUUGGAAGCACUUGGUUUGACAUUCGAAAUGUCCACCGCAGGUGAGACUGUGGUUAAUGAUGGCCCUGCCAAGAGCUGGGCCAUUGGGAGUACCGGAAGUGCCCCCUCAUCCUCCAGGACUACUAUGGAGGAAGCGGUCCGAGGUGAUCCCAAAUCAUCGUUGCUACAGAAGCUGCUGUCCGAGUGACUGCGGGUUACACUGUUGGACGGUAAAGGAUUAUGUGUGAUAUACGUUUGAAAAGGCAAGAAAAAUAAAUAAAUAAAAAGGAAGAGGAGAAUAA